CAUUGCAACAUGAGGGAGUGAAUGCUCUCGUCACCUGUAACAUCUUUGAUACCGGAAGGCGGCAGUGCACUCUGAGCUAAAGUAGUUGUUUAUUCAAAGUCGUGUUAGUUACGAUUGCUUACACGCUGAAACUGAUACAGCUGUUUUAAGAAAGCCUUUGGGUGGCUGAACGAUGCCAGCAGUUCCACAGUUUAUAGUAGCCGGAGACAUGUGUCCAUGUGUCUGUUGUUCAGCUAGCUAGCUAGCAUGUAAUGCUAUGCUACGGACUGUUAGCUCUACUCCAGGUGAUUGUCACCUAGACGAACGGCCAGAAACAGAAGAUAAACUACCUAUAAAGUUAAAGUUUUCAUAAAGGACACCAUCGAUUGAAGCACCGCUGAAACGGCACGGUAACCGACGUGCAUGCUAACCCCUGUUUACAAUAGCUGGCGCUCUCUGAUACAGUCCCUCCUCAAAGCGGUCAAUAAUGUUUCAUCUGUCACGUGCAACACGUCAGUUCGGAAGAAGGGAGACUUUGCUCCGUUGUCCUCUUAAGAGGAUCUGCCUCAAAAUGUCUUCCUGUGCCCCGGGCGAGACUCUGCGAGUUUUGGUUGACAUGGACGGGGUCCUGGCCGACUUCGAGGGUGGGUUCUUGAAAAAGUACCGGGCCAGGUACCCCGACGAGCCCUUUAUCCCCCUGAAUGACAGGAGGGGGUUUUUGGUGUCACCUCAGUACGGCUGCUUGAGGAGUGACCUUUGUGAAAAAGCCAAAAGUAUCUGGGAGUCCAAGAACUUCUUCAAAGAGCUGGACCCUUUACCAGGAGGAGUGGAGGCUAUUAAGGAGAUGGCCAGGAUGGAUGAUACUGAAGUCUUCAUUUGUACAAGCCCAAUAAAAAAUUUCAAAUACUGCCCGUAUGAGAAGUAUGCCUGGGUUGAGAAGUACUUUGGCCAUGACUUUCUGGAGCGGGUUAUCCUGACCAGAGACAAGACCUUAAUCACUGGAGACAUCCUUAUAGACGACAAUCCUGACAUUCUGGGUGUGGAGCUCAAACCAACGUGGGAGCACAUAUUGUUCACUGCCUGUCACAACAAGCAUCUUCCCAUCAGCCCCUCUCAGAGAAGACUCCUGUCUUGGUCUGACGACUGGAAGUCCAUCCUUAAUAGCAAGAAGAAGUGAAUGCUGGUUUGCCCACCAGCCUAACAUCAGCAAUACACGUGGGUGCCAAGACUUGGAGGAAUCAUUGUCUGGCAGAUGCAAUGCUGGAAUUCAUUCCUGAAGAGGAAGAAGUUCAAGCGAUAAGCCAGCUAACAAGGCCACGGCAGCUGGAUGGACAAAACAUAAUUAUUUUACAUUGUUUGACCACAAGGUUGCUCUCUGAGACUUUGAAGUCAGCUGUCUUUCAGAUUUUAACCCAUCUCCCUCAUAUACAUGUGUCAACAAGACUGGACAAAUCAUUUUAAAAAGUGCCUUUCUGUCUUUUAGUUUGUUGCGUUGGACACUUAGAUCUUUUCUUUCAGAAGACUUGUUAUACGAGUUAGUGGAACAUGACUCAGGCCCAACAUGACACUCCAUCACAAGCUAAAAUGUAACAGUUCCCACAAGUCAUAGGCACUUGAAAGCAGGUGCAACCUAUUAAAUAGCAACAUGAUUUGCACUUGAACACUGUUAUCAUUCAAGCCAUAUCAUGAUUUCAUCUGCACUUGGCGUGGGGCGACUCUGGCUCAGUAGGUACAGCACCCUGAAGGUCAUGGGUUCAAUCCAAUGUCACCGUGUCCUUGGGCAAGACCUUAACCCCAUUUCUCUCCCACGUGUAAAUGUGGCUACUACUGAUGAGUUAACUAAUACUCCAUAGCAACAUUUGUAAGUAUGACCUGCUUUGAGUAGUCAGAUGAGUAGUAAAGACCUGUAGGAGCUGAAGUUAUCACACUCAAAUGUUUCCGAUCAUCAAACCAAUUUUAAUAUCUCACAAAAACAACACAAGUAAAUACAAAAUGCAAUUUCUGAAUGAAGAUUUUAUUUAUUAAGGGGAAAAAAUCCAAACCUAUCUAGCCCUAUGUGAAAAAGUCAUACCCUCUGAACCUGAUAACUGGUCGUUCCACCCUUGGCAGCAAUAACUGAAAUUAUGUGUUUGUGAUAACUGUAUGGUUGUCCUCUAAAUGGGAUUAAAGAAAAAAUGUGGAAAAGUAA